CUUUAUGGGUGGACUUUACUUUGACGAAGUUAAGGUGAAAGAAGGCCUUGUAUGGGACGAACGUUCUGAUACCCUUGUAGGCUUCGUGGACAGUGGGUGUUAUCCUGAUAGUGAAGAGGGUGAAGUGGAAGACCUGUUAGCUACCCAUGUUCUGCAGUUCUCCUUCAAGAGCCUCUUUUCUAAAUUUUUCUUUCCAUGCUGCUACUUCUUCACUAAGUCUAUGAAGGGGUAUCAACUGGAAGAUGUAAUUGAUGCUGGUGUUUCAAGCCUUCACCGGUUUGGGUUUGAUGUGCUUGUCCUUUGUUGUGACGGUGGUGGUAGCAAUCGUGGUUUUUUGCGUAGCUUUCAGGAUAGCUCCGGUGCAUACUACAACAAGAAAUCAUUGCACCCUAUAUUCGUCAUAUCAGACCCUACACACAUUGUAAAGAAGUUCCGAAACAACCUUUCGAAAAGUGGUCAAGGAGCGUCUUUCACGAGGCACCUGCAGGUUGAAGGGUAUAGCAUAGUGUGGAAGCAGAUUAGGGAGGUGAACGAGAGGGAUAGUCAGCGCCAAGUGGGUUUGACAAGAAUCACAAAGGAACAUGUAAACCUUUCUAGCUACAGCAAAAUGCGUGCUGGGCUGGCAUUUGAUGUCUUCCAGCAGUGUGUCAUUGAUGAAAUGCAGACCAGUGAUCCUGCUGGAACGGUAGGAGUACGGAAGUACUUGGAAAACGUUAAAAUGUUUGUGGAUAUCUUUUCUUCAAGCACCAAGUUGGUAGACCCAUCAGACCCCCGCCUGGUCAAACUUGCAUCCGUAAGCCAAUGGCUGAAUGAUUGGAAAAGCAAUGCGGGAUCUUCUGGUGGCUCCAAAUCUUUUGUUUCCCCUCAGUUACAUGAGGAUGUGACUUUUGCAGCCCAAGGCUUGCAGAGCCUUGUAGCAUUCAUUGCCACAGAGUUCCAUAGCUUGGAACCACCUCUCUAUGUGAUACCGAAAACCAUUAAUCAAGACUUCCUUGAAGGGUAUUUUGGACUCCAGAGGAGCAUUGGCGGUUGCAAUAGCAACAUGACAUGCAAAGCGUAUGGGUACAAUGGCCUGUGUCUCAAUCAGACUCAUGUCAUGGGUAGAAACCUGGGUACGGGUGCAGCUCAAAUGCCUCUCAAGCCUCAUCAUGCAAGGACGGUGGCAACUUCUAAGGAUUCACACCAGAAACAGAGUGGAUCGUCUUCUAUGUCAUCAAACGAUUCGAAUACAUCUGCUGCCAACACCGCUGACAAGCUUCUGGAUGUUUCAUCAUUGACCGUCACAACUUCAGCAACCGCCACAUCGUGUGUUACGCUUUCUUCGACCACCUCUUCUACCUCUGCAACAUCCUCUUCUACAGACUCGGCUGGCUGCCCAUUUCCGUGAAGAACUGAAUCAUCCUCACUCGGUUCCGGAUUUCUGCAACUCCUGCCAUAUUGUUCGGACUAGCUCGUGGAAUAGGGAAGAUGACAAUCGACCGGUAACUGCAGCAUUCAAAGCAGAGAAGAAUGGAUAAUUAGCCAAGUGCCGCAUACUCUUGAAAUUAUAAAUUACAUAAUAAUAUAUUGUCAACUCUGCACAACUGCUGCAUGUUCUGCUGGUGCCGUACCUUUGUUGUUGCCGAUGUGUCUGUUAAUUAAAAUUCCGCAUACUCUUGAAAUUAUAAAUUAAAUAUAUAUUGUCAGCUCUGCACAACUGUUGCAUGUUCCGCUGGUGCCGUAGCUUUGUUGUUGGCGAUGUGUCUGUUAAUUAAUUCUACAUGUUAGUGUGCAGUCAACCAGGGAGCCCUACACAUACCGGUAUGUGUAGGGCUCCCUGCAGUCAACCAAUCUAGCUCUAGUAUUAAAUGAAGUUAAUGCAGUUUCAAUUUUAUGCAUUUGUGUUUGCUGUACGGCAAUAUCUAACUUAUGCUUCCUGCUGCAAUCUAUUUCACGACACGUUUCAGUUGUAAUUUGCUUAUUUCCUUUCCACUCACGUGCUUGAAAUAUGUCGGCAACUACAAUGUUUCGAUCCAAGACACCGGUACGCGGUAUGCUAUAAUAAUACUUGUUUUUUCAUUGUCUAGCGAAUUUAUUUCCUCUCUCUAGAAAAUGAGGGCUACUGAUGAGCUCCAGCCGAGAGCACCAUCAAUGAUAAUAUUAUUAUAAUGUACAUGAUUGUAGGAUGUAUAAUGAUGACUAAUUACUUUCAUUAUACGAGUAGCAAGAUAUUGUUCGUGUGUAAUUCUUACCUUUUUUAUCAUCUGGAAAAUUCGCAUCCUCUCUGCUGCAAAGAACCAAUUUGCAAAAUCUAGUAAACGAUGGCUGCUUGUACAUGGCUCUCAAGUGCUGACGUAUUUCUGUUUGGGACCUUCCAAAGCAGUUGUUCAAGUCACUGGAGAACUCAAUCAGGAAUGACUGA